AUGAAUAACAAGCUCAAAGCUCUACCUCCUGGAGACAGGAGAAGAUUGUCAGUUCUUAAUAUUGUGUAGGACAAAUUUAAAGAACUUACAAUUUAAGAAAUAAAUUUGCUGAUAUGUCAACAUGCAGUAUCCGAAAAGUUUUACAUUUAUUUUUCAGAUUCCGAGUGGAUUCCAUGUAGUAAAUGUUGUUAGACUCCCAUAUAUUUAGUUCUUACUCCAUAAGCUUAAAAAACUGACGUAUUUUGUAGCUAAUGUUCUCGAAAUCUCUAAAAUCCUCCAAGAUCUGCUGGCAUCAUAAGUAAUACAAUUUUACCAAAAUCUUCUUUUACAUAAUUUGGACACUCAUUAUAAGAAUAGAAAGAGAGAUAAAAAGUGAGUAGGAUGAUUAUCUCUGGAAAGUAUAGAAAGAUAAAUCUAAAAGAUGUUUAUCAUGAAGUGUAAGAACCCGUUUUACCAGAAGAAUCAUAUAAUUUAGAGUUUCCUGUUAAAGAGAAAUAAUAAGAAAGUACAAUUUUAGAAUUGAAAGACUUAAUUAAUGAAUUAUUCUGA